GUUUCAUGAACACACCAGCGACCUUUGGGACAAUCGCGGUCCAUCGCCAUUGCUUAGUGGACACAGCCCACUCUGAUUACGAGACGCACGUGGCCGACUGUUCAUCUCAUGUAAGGAUUCGACGAGGUAUCCGACCCACCUCAGAGCUUGUGUCUCAUCAAAGGGCCCAGGAUAGUCUUGGGCCAUGGAAAGGCGCACGGAAGAUCAAGAGAUCACUCACCAGGUCCUCCGCAUAACUUACCCUUAGCAACCGGUUAGCUUGCAAAGGAUUGAGAUCAGUGCUCACUGAAUGGCGGCGUCGACCGGAUAAGUUAUAUCUUGUCGACCCGGCGUUCAUUGCCAACCUCUCUGGACUGGACUGUGUAUCUGCGCUUUUAAUCGACAAUCGCCCCGACUCUCGCCAAAGGCCGCGUCAGAGCGAACAUACCAUCGACUACAACUGACAGCAAACAUUCACUCACUUUUACCUUCAUACAACGAUGGAUACGUACGGUGACACCGCUGUCAUGCAUAACGACAUGCAGCACAGCUUCUAUCCGUCAGGAUUCUAUGCUGGUGGUGGUCUGACUCCAGACAUGGGGCUCGAGUACAUGCCUCUCCCUAACUGGAGCACCCAAUGGCCUCUACAUACCUCUCUCCAACAACAGACCUGGUCGGCCGGCGCUAACAACGGGCUCUUCUCACUGCCUUACCAAUACCCUUUGGCGCAUCACGAUGUGGAACCAACCAGCCGGAAGUUGAGCGUGCAACAUCCACGACCAGACCUCCAUGUACAGAUACCACAAAUACCACUGGCUUCAACGACGAUACCUAGCAUGCGACAAAAGCGGAAGAUGUCCCAUAUGUCAUCUGAUGACAGCAUGGAUGUCAAGCGCGCCAAGGUGAUACAAGACUCUCCAACAUUCAGCAUGGGCAACAGCAGUCCCUGUAGCAGUUCCUCCAGUCCACCAGCUACCUCGAAUACUCGCGCGCACUAUGCCGUGGAGAAGAAGUACCGCUCCACACUCAACGAACGAUAUGCGACACUAGCUCGCAUUGUCACACAACCGGAGACCAUGGAAAUUUGCCGAACUGAAGUGCCAGACUGGGAAGUGCCGAUGAAAUUGGAGGUUCCUGAGGAGGGGGCAGAGAGACAUCCGGGCAAACGUCAGAGCAAAACUACAACACUGUCUGUCGCCAUUGAGACAAUAGAGCUGCUGGAUCGCGCGUGUGCACGCAAGGCGAAGGAAUUUCAGGACCUGACGCGGCGCCUGUCAAUCAUCGCUGGCUCGGCAUCCGGUGCGUCCAGCAGCGCAUAAAGACUUAUCACCAAAUACGUCUUCGACGAAAAGUCGAAGGCUUCAGCAGUCUACAAAACCACACACGGAGUCGCGGAAAGGCGUUUGGCGACGCAUCAAAUUGGACUCGGAGCAGUCAUGGAUCCCACUAUCACUUAUACCCCCUCGUUAUACCCCCUC